AUGUAGUGAAUGCAGGGUCCGGGGAGACCGGAUAUAGUGAAUGCAGGGUCCGGGGAGACCGGAUGUAGUGAAUGCAGGGUCCGGGGAGACCGGAUGUAGUGAAUGCUGGGUCCGGGGAGACCGGAUGUAGUGAAUGCUGGGGUCCGGGGAGACCGGAUGUAGUGAAUGCCGGGUCCGGGGAGACCGGAUGUAGUGAAUGCCGGGUCCGGGGAGACCGGAUGUAGUGAAUGCGGGGUCCGGGGAGACCGGAUGUAGUGAAUGCGGGGUCCGGGGAGACCGGAUGUAGUGAAUGCAGGGUCCGG